UUACAGCCGUCGCGAGUGCGCUACGUGCCGUCAUGUGUCGUUCGCCAACUUUCUCGAGUAGUGAUGUGAUUCGAUAUAGAAAUAUAGAGAGUCCAUAUCUUUAGACAUUUCAAGUAAAGUUAACUAUUAGUAAAUUUGUGAUGAUUCAAACGUGGAACAGUGUAAGAAAUGAAUUAUAGUAAAAGUUAUCAAUGAACAUAAAUCGGAUUGGAAUUAAAAUGAGGUGGUUACUAGUGACAGUGAGUGUGGUGGCGUGGGAAACGAUUUUGGCCGGAGUGGCGCCUCCGGGGUCCUGCCCCGCCGUGUGUGCGUGCAAGUGGAAGGGAGGAAAGCAGACGGUGGAAUGCGUGGACCGCGCGCUCAUCACCGUCCCCGAACCAGUGGACCCCGCCACGCAGGUGUUGGACCUCUCGGGGAACAACCUGCAGAUCCUGCCGCAGGAGGCCUUCGCCCGCACUGGCCUCGUCAACUUGCAGCGGGUCUACCUGCGCAGCUGUAACAUCGGACAAAUACACGAUCGUGCUUUUAAAGGCCUAACUAACUUAGUAGAGCUCGAUCUUUCCCAUAAUUUACUUACGCAAAUUCCUUCGAAUAGUUUCAGAGAUGCUCCGUUUCUCAGAGAUCUCACAUUGGCUCAAAAUCCAAUUCUCAAAGUACAUUCAGAUGCAUUGAAUAGUCUCGGGAGCGUGGUUAAGCUUGAUUUGUCGAAAUGUGACAUUAGAGACAUAUCGCCCGACGCAUUUAGAAACUUGAGAUCUCUUGAAUCAUUAAAGCUCAGUCACAAUAAGCUUCGGGAUUUGCCGCUGAGCUCGUUAGAAAGGUUAGACAAAUUGAGAGCGAUAGAUUUAUCAGACAAUCCUUGGACGUGCGACUGUCGGCUGCGGGACCUGAAGCAGUGGCUGGAGAAGCACAAGCUGCUGUCGACACCAGCGUGCUCCGCGCCCACUAGGCUCGCCAAUCGACCCUUCGCUGAAUUACAUAUUGAAGAGUUCGCCUGCAAACCGGAAAUAUUACCGGUCAGCAGACACAUCGAGGCCGUCGUAGGUGAAAAUGCCUCGGUCACAUGCAGAACGGAAGCCGUACCCAGUGCAAAUAUAAACUGGUAUUGGAACGGUCGAUUACUGCAGAACGGAAGUAAUUUUAAUCCCCACCAAAAGAUUUAUAUUUUUGAAGAAGGCGAAUCAAAAAAGAAAUCUUCUUUGAUACUUACCAAUGCUCAGGAAGCUGAUUCGGUAGAAUUUUACUGCGUGGCUGAUAACAAAGGUGGAAAUGCCGAAGCCAAUUUUACGGUACACGUUACACAAAUGCCGGUGGGAAUGGCGUCUUUGGGGAGCGCACAAAUAGCGAGUCUGGGGGCCGCUUUGUUCUUAGUUAUUGUCGUUAUUUCCCUGGCUUUACUCAUUACGUUUGUCCGGUUUCGUCCCGCACCGGCUUGUGAAAGCAAGACUCCUAAUACUAUAGACAGAGUCGUAUCCGGAAACGAAGUACAUCCAGCGGCGACAGACAGACCUCAUGUGGCGGUUAUGACUAAUAGACAAGAAUCUUCAAACUAUAAUGAUACCAAAUGUAACCCAGUUUCGAAACCGCCGAGAGUGAACGAUAUUCCUUAUACGACUAAUCAUUACGAAGGGAGAGGUAGCGUGGUGACCGCCGGAGGUCCGGUGGUGGUGUCCCCGACCGUGUCCACUGCCAUCGACCCAGACCUCAUCAACGACACGCGGCCCGACAGCGUCGCUCGCCCGGGCAGCGGUGAGUACGCCCGCGAGGCUUCCGAUUCAUUAUACCCGUCUGGUCUCUGGGAUCAAAUGAAGAUGAAUCAAGCGAGUAAUUUGGCUCGGGCGGUCAGUUCGGCGAUACCGGCGUACUACAACGACCGGACACCGAUAAUCGAGAACUGUAGCGUGGACGGGUCGCAGGAGGAGCUGGGUUACAUGUCGCGGACGUUCCCGCGGUCGCACGCGGCGGCGGCGGCGCCGGCGGCGGUGGCAGCGGCUGGCGAUGCGCCGUAUCCGCCGGACUACGGGCUGCCAGUGUCGGGCGGCGGUGGCGGCGCGGCGCCGGCGCGCACGCUGCGCGUGUGGCAACGCGCGCCGCCCGUGCUGCCGCCGGUGGCCGCGCUCAAGCGCGUGCUCACCAUCACCAGGCCCUCGGCCGAAGACGGCUACCACGACGGCUGUGCUACUGACGUCUAGACUACCCUGUUACAUAUCUAGAUGACAUGUCAUGUAAAUACUGUAAACUAGGACUCAUCUAUAUACGUAUGGUAUGUGUAAUCUAUACCUACACAGGUUGUUAGUGUAAUAUUUUUUGUAUCAUAUAAUUUAUUUAGUUAACUAAGGGAAAGUUAAAUUGGAUCCGAUUGUGAUGGGUCCGCGACUGACUAGUUGAAAGAAGUAAGUGUAAAUUAUAACGUGAUAUGGAAUGGUAUUGUCUAUGAUCGCCAAAUAAUAAAUACUGAAUAUAAAUAUAUUACUUACCUUGAUUGUUGCAAAUCAGUUUAAGAUGUUACAAUGACUUUAAUUAAUAACGCCUACGUGUAAGAGACACGACAUAAUUAUCCAAAGAUAUUCAACUUCCCAUUCAAAGUAAUAUAAUGAAACUAUAUUACUCAAGCGCAGUCGGUCGGCAAUACUGCUGUUAUUAUCAUGGGCAUCUGCCGGGCCACCAGGCCAGUUAUAGCACUUUGCAUAUUUUGAUGUUCGUCAGAAUAGUUAAGGAAUGUAUGCCAAACUUAGAGUCAGACGAUUGUAACUAUCUAUAUAUAAUAAAGAUAUAUAUUGUGUUCAUACGAACGCUAGGUUAAUGUGAUGUGAGGUGGUGCUUCCUAGCAGUAAUGCCGACUGCCCAAAACGCACGGUGAAUGUUAUACAUUGUAUGAUAAUGUAUGUGUAAAUUUUAUGUUGGUGAAAAAUAAGAGAUUUAGAGUAAAAAGUGAAAAUAAUAAACA